AUGCUCCGCUCCACCCUGAGCUGCACCCGUCACGCCCAGCCCCUGUGCAAACACGCCGUCCGCGCCUACGCCACCAAGCAGGCCGCCGGGUCCGGCAGCCGCAAAAAGGCCGCCCAGGUCACUUCGCGAGGCCGACCAGGCGAGGGCGGCUCCGACUCCAAGAUCGAGACCAUCAAGCAGACCCUCCUCGAGUCCGACCCGACAGAGGCCGAGCGCCUCGAAGCCCUGCGCCGCGUCAUCCCCUCUGCCGAAGCGCACGACACGAUCCAGCGCGCGUGGCAGCUCCACCAGCGGCACCGCCGCGAGGCCCACACGGCCGAACUCGCGCGCAAGUACGCCGCCAUGCGCUCGGCCCUGUCGCUCCUCGAGGACACGAGCCCGCACCUGUACCGCACCGCGACCGAGGGCCGCAAGUUCCAGAACGUCGACCAGGCGCGCGCGACCAACGCGAGGCUCGAGGGCCUCGUCCCGCGCGAGAUGAGGGUCCCGACCGAGCGGCCGGGCGCGCAGCUGUGGGACCACGAGUGGAAGGCGCCCGUGCAGCAGCAGCAGCAGGCGACGGGAGCGGGCGAGGGCAAGGAGGCGGCAGCGUCGCGAGCCAAGGCAUGAGCCGGACGACGUGUGCAACGACGAUGCGAGUCACGCG